GGGCUCGAAUCUUGAGCCGAAACGUUGUGCAUUUUUGUAUAUAUUGCGCCAGUUAAUCGAGAAAUAAAUUGAAUUUGCUGAUUUUAUUCACUGGCGGACGAAAUUAUUACCGAUAUGUCUCUUAGUGUUUUCUAGGUACCAACGGAGUGGCAUUUGCGUGUCAACUAAUUUUAUCUCGCAGUGACAGAAAGUCUGACUUCAAGUGCUGAAAGUGAAAUUUUCCAAAUCCCGAAAAUUUGUUUUCUCGUCGAAUAUAAGAAUAAGAGAUCCGAAACGGUUGUGGUGCGCAAUUACGUUCGUAAGACAGCUGCUGUGGACACGGAAAAUUUCCGAAAAGCAGUUUUAGCUGUAAAAAAUGAAAACUACUCAGUGAGACAAGCAGCAAUACGCUUUAAUGUCGGGAGGAUGGCCUUGAAUCGUCAAUGUGUCUCUGUUCUAAACAACGUUUCUGAGGAAAACGUGACGAUUUCUCGUCUUGGAAUGCGACCGGUUAUCAGUGACAAUCAUGAACGAGUGUUGAUAAAUUAUAUUUUACAUUCAUCAGACAUUUAUUUCGGACUCUCGGCAAAGGAAGUUCGUAAAUUAGCUUACGAAUACGGAAAACGUCUUGACUUGUCAAUACCGCCUUCCUGGAACGAACGAAAAAUCGCUGGAGAGAACUGGUUUUCAGACUUUUUGAAACGCCAUCCGAAUCUCUCAAUUCGAAAGCCGCAAGCAACAAGUCUCGCUCGUGCUACAGCUUUUAAUCGUACUACUGUCGCUGAGUUCUUCAAGAACUUGAAAACUAUAUACGAACGUUUUCAACUUAAUCCACGUUCUAUCUAUAACAUGGAUGAGACAGGCAUAACUACGGUACAAACUCCAGAAAGAAUUAUGAACCGACGUGGCUUUAAGCAAAUUGGACAUUGAUAGAAGAAAAAAAGGCAAAGCAACAAAAAACGCUCCCAAAAACACCACAAAUAGGCAUUCAAAGGAAGAACCAGUUCGCAGGGGCCGUGGACGCCCUC